AUGGAAACAAGAAAAACAAAGAAGAGCCAACAGCCAGAACAGACUACUGAGAAAAAUGUGGAAGAGGUACAGCAGGAAAUAGGAGAUACCAUCAUGAAAGAACCAGUAAGACAAACACCGGUGGACAUGAAUGAAUUGUUCGAAAGACUGGAACGAUUGAGGAAAGAAGAAAUGAAAAUUCAAAAAAAACAACGAAAUGAAGAUAUGGAAAAAUUGGAAAGAAUGAGAAAAGAAGAAACAGAAACCAGGAAAGAAGAUAUGGAAAGAUUGGAAAGAGAGGUGGAAGAUCAUAGAAAAGAAAGUAAAGAAUACAUUGAUCAGGUACAUGGAAGAAUAACUAUUGUAGAAGAAGGAUUGGUACAAGAAGUAAAUACAAGGAGAGAAUAG